UAAAAACCGGCAAACAGUUAAAUAAACGGAUAACUGCGUGAGCUGGAUAUUUUUAUACACAUCUACAGAGGAGUAAAAUAAGCAUAAAAGGCCAUUGUACACAGUAAGAGAAUGGAAGUAUCAGGAAAGUCGUGAAAACUACUGUAUGGAUGAGCUACAUAAAAAAUAGUCUUAUAGAAAUGGCCGCUUUCCAGUUUGUCUCGUUUAAUCUGCAAAUGGCACAAGAUUACUUUUCCAAUUUAAAUCCAUUAGCUCGGCGUAUCGCGUCUGAUAUAAACAUAACAAAAGCCUCAUAUGGCAUGCUUUGGUAUACUUUGAAAGAAAAUCAACAAAACGAGAUCAUUAACCAAACUCUGAUAAAUCCUGAAAUUUCGCUGAAGUAUUUGGAGAAUAUGUCCCUAUCCGCUUCAUCGUUAUCAUCAAGUUCAUCUUCGUCAAGCUCAUUUUCGGCCAGUUUAAGUACUACAAGUACUGAACAUAUUUUGCCAUCAUCUUCAAAGAACAGAGGACAAAAUAAUUCUCCCAGUGUCAAUAAUAGUAAAACAUCGCAUUCGUUAACUGAAAAUAUUUUACAGACUCAAAAUUUAUUGUCAAAAAACUUAUUAGCACGCGCUGAGCACACUGUACAAUCGCAUCAAAUUGGUAAAUUAAAGCCUCCUUCGUCUCCACCGCCACCUCCACCCACUACAUCCAAAAAAUUGAAAAGAACUGAAAAUAUUGAAAAACAGAAAAAUGAUUUGAGAUCGCUUCAAACGUUACGUAAUAAUCCGGCAAAUGGUAGAAACGAGAAAACAGAUUGUAUUUAUGAUGGAAUCAACUUACAUACAUAUAUCGCACAGAAAGUGGCACUAAAAAUUAUAUAUGAUGAUGUAUUAAGGGCAUAUCCCGAUGAACAUUCGCAACCUUUCAGUUAUCGCACAAAAUCACAAAUAGAUCUACAACAGCAGUAUUAUGAAGCUAAUUUGAAUGAUAUAAAUCUGAACCCCAACUUCGAUUAUAAAUGCCUUACUUCAAACGAGUCGUGCAAUAUAAAUUUGGUUAAAAAUGUAGGUCUAACUAAACAGUAUGAUCGCUUACAAAAGGAGUUAAAGAGUACAUUGAGCAACCAUUUGAAGCCAUCUAGAGAAAAUAAACGCCAUAUUCCAUCUGCUAAAGCAAAUCAAGUGCUUUCUUCGCCAAAUUUAAAUAAGUUUAAAAAUGAAUCGAGAAGAUGUUUGAAGGAAAAUGUUGUAAAGCAUACAUCCGAAGUGUCAUUCUUACUCGACUUCAAACAAUCAAAUUUUAAUUAUGCCGUAUACACAGAUGUCUACAUUGAAAAAGAUGAAUCAGCUACACUAAUGUACAAUUGCAGCAACAGCGGAAUACUGACGGGAUCCUCGAACACGUUAACAGCUACAUCCGACGACGAACAAAGUAAUCACGAAUAUAAUGAUGAGAAUGAUGAUGAAAAAACUUUGUGCCGGCUUUUAGAGAACGAUCUAAAUUUACGUAGGGGAUUCGAUUUUCUGAAUAAUUGGUAAAGAGAUUUUAUACUUUUGAUAUAAAUAAGAUAAUCAUUACAAUUAUUAAGUGGAGAUGAUACCAUAUACAAAUUAUAAAAAACAGUGAUUACAGAAAAAAGUUCCCGUUUUCGUUUCUACUUAAACAGAUUUCUAGAAGUUGCACUUUUUUUUUAGAAAUAAUUGGUAUAUUUAUGUGCACAAGUUCAAUAUGCAAUUACGCCUAAAUAAACAGUUACAUUUUUAUUUUAAUUCAGUGAAAGGAAAAAUGAUUUGAUAAUUAUUUCCAUGUUGUUGUUCUUCUAACGGUAAUUUAAUCCCCGUUAGGAUGGAAAGAUUUAUCUAGGUUGUUGUCGACGUCAUAUAACGGGAGGUCCAAGAACCAUCUUGUUUCGACGGGGUCGGACCAAAGGAAAAAGGGUGUCAGUUGAGUGUGGUUGGAGGGGCAUGCAAAGAGGUGGCCAGUGUCAUGCGAAGACUCAUUGCAUGCAGGAUAUGUGUUGGAUAUGUCUGAGUCUAUUCUGGAAGAGUAGGAGUUUAACCUGCUGCAAUAUCCAGAACGAAAUAAUUACUUGCAUUAACAUUAGUGAUAAAUGUUUGUCAUUAGUAAUAAAAAAUUAGACAAACAUAUAUAUUUACGUUCUACUCAAUAUACACUAUAAGCUUUCAUCACCAUUAAAUAUUGGAUGAAUGUAUAUUCAUUUGCUAGAUAUGGUGUAUGAUACUAAUUGUGAUGUACAUAUAAUAUAAUGUUCUGUAAUGCAACCGAAAUAUUUCUUACAUUGCAUCAAUUUUGAAAGGUAAUAAACCGGCAGUUGAAGAACAGUGACAAAGAUAUUCGCGCAUCACAAAUAAAGUUGAUUUUUGACAUUUUCAUAUGCAACUCUUGCGUAGUCCGAUGGAGGUCGUGAGACCCUCCUAGAAACAGCUUGGCAUGGCGCAUUCCUCCUGCCAGUGCUGUUCCCUCUUCACCGUGCAGAGCUGCUGCUUAAGACUGUGGGACCCCACUGCGAUGCCUGGUUCCCGUUGUUGUUGUAGUUGUUCUAACCAUUUAUCAAUCCCCGUUGGGAUGGUAAAGGUUAACCAUGUUGUCGUCAACACCAUCUAGCGGGAGGCCCGGGAAACAUGCUGUUUCUACAGGGUCGGACAAAGUGGAAAAGGGUGUUAGAUGAGUAGGGUUGGCAGGGCAUGUAAAAAGGUGGCAUGCAGCCCCUACCCCAUGAUCACUCACAGACACCCGCAACAAACCCACGUUUUUCAAUUUAACUGCCUGGUUGGCGACAUCUUGGGACGCUGCCGCAGAGCGGGCUAGUUCCUCGACUAUCUCAUUUCCGGCUACCCCUUUAUCCCCCGCAACCAGAUUAGGUGUACCCGGUUGCACACCGAUAUGCGGUUCAAUCUCCCUAUGGCCUCUACUAAAAGCGAUUUAUCUCAUAUGCUGUGAUCGGUUUUAGCGCCACUUGACUGUCUGUUUAAUUCUACGCUCUGACUAAUAGCAAAAACUUCUGCUUGAAAUAUGCUUGGAAAACGUCCUAUUGGUA